AUGAGCUGGAGGACGGGUCUUUCGACAAAGCUGAACGUCGCUGCGACCAAGGGUAACGUGUCUGAGGCAUCCGCCAUCUUCGAGCAACUCUGGGCUGGAGCGCAGCACCCCAGCGCCACGAUGUUUUGCAACACCAUGCUCAAGGCCUACGCCAACGCAGGCGAUUUCCCUGGUGCCAGCCGCUGGGUUCAGGAGAUGCAUCGGCAAAGCGUGCGCACGAACACAAAGACCCUCGGAAAGCUCAUCGAGUCUGCAGCUAAAGCUGGCCAGGCAGGUCUGGCUCUGGAAUGGCUGGCAGAGAAAGAGGAUGCCGCGAAUCCUGUGAUGUUGAACACUGUCCUCCACGCCUUCGCCCGCUCGGCGGCCUGCACAGAGGCGGAGGCAUUCCUCUCGCGGCUUCCGGAGAAAAGCGUGCAGCCCAAUGCGAUCUCCUUCAACACAGUCAUCGCCUGCUAUUCAGACAAGGGCCACAUGGAUCGAGCCGAGGAAUGCUUGCGAGCCAUGAAACGGCAGAGCCUACAGCCUACGCUCCCAUCGUACAACGCCCUCCUACAAGGCUUUGCGAGGGCCUCAGAGCCUGCUCACGCCGUGCGGACGCUGGCGCGGCUGGUCGAGGAUGGGCUUCAAGCCAACGGCAUCACUUCUCAUUUGCUGGUCAGCGCCUUCACUCGAAGUGGCGACUGCGCAACAGCACUGCUUUGGCUUCGCACAUUUGAACAAUGUGGAAUCACUGCUGGCCUGCACGAGUACAACGUGCUUUUGAAUGGUUUUGCCAAGGAGGGCCGGAUCACGGAGACGAGGGAGCUGCUGCAAGCAAUGCGGGCGCAGACUCUGAAGCCCGACGUGGUAUCUCUCACGGCAGUAGCUGAAUGCUACACCCGCCGUGGCGACGUCGACGGCGCCCUCGAGUGCCUGGAGCGAUUCAAGACCGAAGUGAGUCUGGACCGGGUCUUCUUCAAGACGGUCAUGAACUCCUGUGCAGGAAGAGGUGACGUUGCAUCCACUCGCAUGUGGAUCCACGCCAUGCAGCAGCACGGCUUCGAUGCAGACGUGGCGAGCUCCAACAUGGUGCUGAAGGCCUACGCCAGAUCCGGUGACGCGGAGAAGGCGCUGGUCUGGCUGCAGUCGAUGACGGAGCGGAACGAUGUGAGUUUCAACACUGCUGCCAACGCCUGCGCCAAGCUCGGACGCCUGAAUCUUGUACUGCAGAUUAUGGAGGAGAUGAAGACCGCACAGGUAACGCCAGACCUCAUCACUUACACCGUGGCCUUGACCGCCUGUGGCAAUGCCCAGCCGGUGCUUUGGGAGGAGGCCCUUGAACUUUUGCAGACAAUGCAGCAGCAGAAUCUUGAGCUAGACCGUCUGGGCAUCGCCUAUGACGAAGACGACGAGGAUGCCAAGGACGCGGAAGCAUACAUGGAUAGUCUACCUUUCGAUACCAGCAUCUUCAACCAGGAAGAUCUUCAGUACGGCCUCAUUUGGAUGCUGCAGGUUCGCGCCGCCAUGAUGCCCAUCGCAAAGCCGCCAGAGGUGGCAACUCUGAAGUUCUUGAUCUGUCCUGACAUGGCGCAGGAAGAAGAGGGAGAUCGAGAUCGAAUCAGAGGAGGAGGCCGCGACAAGGGGAAAGGGAAAGGAAAGGAGGGCAAAGGCCGUUCCGAAACCGUUGGGAGGUUCAUCCCUGAGAUGGGCCGAACAGAAAUCGUCCCCAAACCGCAGCGUGGUACCUGGUGGAGGAACUGCUGUCCGAACAAGGGUGAAGUGAUCAUCCGAGAGCAGUUCCUCCUCACCUCCGAGGAGAUCACGAGGGUGCCGUUUGGCCAGUAUGUCUUGCAGGCUGGACCUCUUGAGGUCUUCGUUUCGGGCCCUGCAUCGGGAUUGCAGCGCAUGCCCGUGCAGCCGCGCGGAUGGGUCACCGUCGACGCGUCCGCCGUAGGCGGACCUCUCUACUUGGAAAAGGUCAAGCUGCCACGAUGGCAGGUGGUCUUUAACAGCGGUUCCCAGAAGGGGGACAUCGUUGUCAGGAAGGGGGUGUCGCUGGACAGUGACGAGGUCGCAGUUCUGACUUGCGGGACAGUCGUGGACCAGGCAGCUCCUCUGGAGGAAACCGAGGAUGGCAUCGUCCGGAUGAACAUCUCCUUCUUGGACACGUCGAGCAGGGAGCCCUCCUCGUCGUCAAGAGUGCGCCAAGGUUGGGUCACCUGCGAUGCCACAUCUCAGGGCGGACCGAGAUUUUUCGAGCCCUUGGAUCCGCAUGACACCUCCCAGAAGCCCACGAAGGCGGAAAAUCCAGAUCAGGGUGGAGCCGAGGAAGGUGCAUGGGACUCCAACCGCACCUGGCGUGUGAUGAAUCUGCAGGAUCCCAAGGAUCUCGUCGUUGUGAAUAAGCCCGAGCCGUUCGCGCCCGGCUCGGGCAAAGUCGUCCCCCCAGAGAUGCUGGUGAGGCAUCUGGGAAAUGGCGACGUGGUGUAUCAG